AUGUCUUCCAUUGAAAAAGAUGCCUUUGACUAUCAAAAAUUAUAUAAGCAAGCAAACGUUGUCAGUAGCAUUUUAUAUGACUCUUGUGAUUUCUCUCCAAGGAUUCUAGAACUUCAGCAGAAUGGACACAUGGAUUUACUGAAGCAUAAGUGGUGGCCCAAGAACGGCCAGUGUGACCUGUACUCCUCGGUGGACCCAAAAUAUAAAGGAGGAGCUUUGGAUAUAAAGAGCUUUGCGGGUGUAUUUUGCAUACUGGCAGCAGGGAUUGUACUCUCCUGUUUAAUUGCAAUGUUGGAAACAUGGUGGAAUAAAAGAAAAGGCUCACGGGUUCCAUCAAAAGAGGAUGACAAAGAAAUUGAUCUGGAGCAUCUCCACAGACGUGUGAACAGCCUCUGCACAGACGAUGAGAGCCCCCAUAAACAGUUUUCCACCUCAUCCAUUGACUUGACUCCCCUGGACAUUGAUACUUUGCCCACCCGUCAAGCACUGGAGCAAAUCAGUGACUUCAGGAACACUCAUAUCACUACUACAACCUUCAUACCAGAGCAGAUGCAGACUCUCAGUCGCACACUUUCAGCUAAAGCUGCUUCUGGAUUCUCCUUUGGCAGUGUGCCAGAACACCGAACUGGCCCUUUUCGGCAUAGGGCUCCAAAUGGGGGCUUCUUCCGAAGUCCGAUCAAAACAAUGUCCUCAGUUCCAUAUCAACCAACUCCAACUUUAGGGCUCAACAUCGGUAAUGAUCCAGACCGAGGCACCUCCAUAUAAAGCUUCAGACUUUGUUUUGUCACUGUUUCUUUCUAGGACUCCCUUUGCAAGGAGCAGCUGUGAUAAUUGUGGGACUAACAUGGAUGUAACUUUUUAAAAAAAGAAAAUCAGGAGUACUCGUAACAACUCACUACCCUUUCUCUUCCCCUCCUCUUUUUCGCUUUCUCUCUUAUACUAUGUAAGGUCAUAAUAUUCAGCCCAUAAGCUCUAGAAUAGUUCAAUUGGCCAAACUAGUUUAACUCUGGAGUAAGUUGAGCUCUAGAAUGUAUUGCAGCCCUAACUUUACAACUAUCAAACCAACUCAUAAUGGCCAGUGAGAGUAUUCUGACAUAAAUGCAACAUGAAACACUGUCAAAAAGCUAUCCUGCCACCCUCCUAAUAUUCUGUUUUUUAAAAAUUGCACAUUUCAUAAACUUGAAGUAUAGGAAAUGGACACCAAGUCUGUAUCAAAUAUAUGGGUUAUUUAAACAGAAGACAUUUGCAUCAUCUCUCCUUUGUUCUGAUAUAAUUGCAAUAACUUCUGUCUUUUCUCUAAGUUCUGCUGCAUCCGUUCCAUGUUUCAGUGCUACUGUGUGUCCUUUUAACUGUGGACCAAAGGCAAACCGUGCAGUUUUACAGGAGAACAAACAUGAGAGAAAGGGGAAAGAGAAGGGAGAGAUAAUCAGGCCACCUAAUAAGAGAAUGUGUUUUUGUAGGACUUCAAGAAGCCAUUGCUAUGCCAGUAAAGACUACAGUUAAAUCUCCUUUUUUUGCACUGCAACAGUGCAUAUGACCUUUAUGUGAUUGUAUAGUGUUUAAAAGGGUUUUUUUCUUAUGUACAGUAAACUGUAUCAUAUAGCAGAAUCUUCUGUUCUGUUAAAUAAAUUAGUAUCGCAUACAUUUAUAUAUAAACAUAUAUACAUAU